UGAUAGUUGUAUUUAAAACUAUUAUUAACACCUUGCAGUUAAAAUUUUUGUUAGUUUAAAUAUGAAGUUUUGUUAAAUAAACUGACGUUUCUCGCCUGAAACUAUAUUUUACAUAGUGAGUCGUCAAGCACAUAUCGAUAUAUUACUGGUCACAGAGUAUUUCUUCAAUAACAGAAUUAUAUACUUUUAUACAUACAACUCAAGUAUAAUAUAUCAAUAGUUUGAUUCAUAAGACACAAAAAAGCAAUAAAAUAUUUUACACAGAUUAUGUACGAGACAUCCUAUAUGAAGAAAUCAGAGCGAACUCACCAAUUUAUUUUAAUGGACUUCGAGUUCACAGUAAUUUACGGAACUAGUAUUGUUUUAAUAUCUGGCGCAAUUUCAAAUAGCUCGUAUCAUUUUAAGACCGUUAAAUUGGAAGGAAAACCUCUUUUACUACCCAUAAAUCAGAAUGCUAGACGACUGACCAACCAAGAAAUAAAGAAAGUAAUUUCAGUUAUUAAGCUGUAUUUAAGGCCAGAUUUACAGAUUGCAUUGAUGAAGCAAUUGGAUAACAGCCUAAGCACCAGUACAGACAAUUUAAACGCUGAAUUUAUUAAACGUUAUCUAGCAUAUAACAAUAAAAUGACAAUAAUCGUAUUAUGGAACGGUUCCACAGACAUGGACAUUUUAGAGAGAUUACAAAUAAAUAAUUAUAAUGUAUUAAAUAUGACAUGUUAUGACGUAUCAAAUAAUCAACAUUUUUACAUACAAUUAAUCACAAUGAGAAAUAUGAGAAUCAUAUACGAAUACAGUUUAGGAAUGUAUCAUAAGCAAGGACGAAUGUUGAAUCUAGUAGAAACACAUACAAUUUUAUGUUCAAAACAACACAAAGGACUGUACCCCCAUGAUCCUUGCUACGACUUAGAAUUAACGAAAUGUAUUUUUAACAAAAUGGUUCAACAAUUUCAGUAUAAGAAUCUAGUGGAACAUUUUUAAAUAAAUAAUAUGCUAUUAUUAUUA